AUGAUCGCUGCACCACUCAUUGCUCUAACGAGUAAGAAUAUUCCCUUCACCUGGACAUCGCAAUGUACGGAGGCGAUGGACCAUCUUAAGCAAGCCCUAACAACGGCACCUAUUCUUGCAGCACCACGAUUGGGUAAACCUUUCAUUAUCGAGACUGAUAGUUCGGCGAGAGGCGUUGCCGGAGUCCUCAAGCAAGAACAAGGAGGUUUAGAGCACGUUAUCGCUUAUGCGAGCCGCACUCUAAAUAAACACGAAGCAAGAUAUCCGGCAAUAGAACUUGAAGCCUUAGGAUUGGUUUACGCGGUGCAGAAGUUCCGACUAUACAUAGAUGGAGCGAAAUGCACGAUCAUCACGGACCAUGCACCACUCAAAGCACUACUCCAUCGAAAAGAUCUUACUGGGAGAUUGGCUAAAUGCCAAAUCGUGCUGCAGGAAUUUGAUAUCGACAUUAUCUAUCGCCCAGGAAAGAAGAACGCAUCACAUUCCCUGAUAGAUGUCGAAAUUCGUGUUGAUGCGGGUCUCUAUGGACAGGACAAUAAGAUCCAUGUGUUUUGGAGAAGCAUUUAA